UGAUUAAUACGGAACUCAAGAAGGCCAUGCCAAUUCCAAGUGGGUCGUAGCGUAGGUUCUCUCUUCCUUUUUCUGUAUAUGUUUGACUCAAAAACCGACUAACAAAAAAUGGAGAUCCCCACGACGCUUUUCUUGCUCAUCUCCUUGGUUCUUCUUCUCCCACAGUUGAUUUUGAGCACAGUUUAUGAGCCGGACUUUUUCUUUAGCAAAUGCUCAGACAAAUUUGGCAACUACAGCAACAACAGCCCUUUCAAGAAAAAUCUCCACAACGCACUGGCCUCCAUCUCCUCCAGAUCCAGCACCCGCACCCAGGUGAGUGACUACGGCUUCUACAAGGCCUCCUCCGGCGAAGAACCCGACAGAGCCAACGUCAAGGCGCUAUGUCGCGGAGGCGUUUCCCUGGAACUAUGCAGAAUUUGUGUGCGUAACUCGGUCCGCAGGAUUUUACAAACUUGCCCUUCCCAGAAGGAAGGUGCGGGAUGGUACGGGGAUUGCCAGAUUGUUUACUCAAACAACUCUAUUGACGGUGAGAUAUCUGUGGCGGGGGCGACCCAGACUUUAUUCAGCACCAAUAGAGCCCCAGACGCGAGGGGUUUCAACGAGGCACUGAGGGAGCUGCUGGAUGGGCUGCGAGAGAAGGCUGCGUCAGGGAGUUGUAUUCGCAAGUCCGCCAGCGGAGACGUGAAGCUUCAAGCUCCGAAUACAACGUAUACCAUAUAUGGGCUUGCUGAUUGUUUUCCCGACAUGUCGUCCUUGGACUGUGAUGUUUGCCUCAGUCGGCUUCAGAGUAAGAUUCCUAAUUGUUGCAGCGGCAGCACAGGGGCCAGACUGAUUGCCACUAGUUGUCAAAUCAAUUAUGAGAUCCACCCUCUGUAUUACUCAUUUCUCUCCGCCUCCGACCGUGCAAUCUUCACCUCCAACACAAUUUGUCAUCCCGAUUUAGGAUCUUUCCAUCAUUUGUUGUUGCUUAAUUUUCAAUAAUAACAUUGAUGAAUUCAAUGGACUGCCAAACCCAAAUCACUAUAGAUGGGAUUUGGGAAUGAACAUUAUCUUUUA